CAUUAUAAUUUAUUUGAGAAUUGUGUGCUUCGGUGAUUCAUCUGGUUAUUUAAUUGUACUAGUCCUACGUGGUGUCUAGUGAUCUUAGAGUUAGGGGUCGUACGGAUAUUAACCUAUUUAUUAUUUUAGACCCGUCGACUGCUCGUGCUUCGGAGUCUACGCAGGGUUAGCUGUUUGCCAAGAUCACGUGGAUAAGCAAGCAGAAUGAAUACUCGUAGGCGUGCUGCAGCUGAGGCUGAAGCUGAUGACGCUAUGUCAAUUGAGGUCGACCAACAUGAACCAGAGGUUCAAGUUGGCAGAGGACGUGCAGGUGGAGUUCCGGCCGGUAGAGGCCGAGCUGGCAGAGGUCGGGGUGGCAGAGGUCAGGCUGCUGGAGGUAGAGGUAGGGGACGUGGUGGUGCAGGCGUUCAGGCACCAGGUGUACCACAAGCUCCUAUCGAUCCAUUUGACUUCACGACGUUUUUGGCUGGGAUCACUGCACUCCAGAAUAAUCAAGUGCAACUGCAGGCGGGACAAAUCGCUAUGCAGAACCAGUAUGCUAUGCUGGGACAGAUCGUGCAGCAACAGGCACCACAGGCUGGUGGUGUUGCGGUUGGUGGUGUUGGAACCACUGAUAGGGAGCUGGUAUUGGCUUACAUGAGGCUGAAGCCAACGGAGUUUGACGGUUCCGGAGACGCGCUGGAAUUUCUCGAGGAGAGCUUUCUUCUUGCCAUUUUCAAUGACAGAGGGUUUCAGAGACAGACUGCUGGUUCUGAAGAGAGAUGA